UGUGCCGUGCAUGUAAUCGUUGCGGUUCUACGCGCGUUUCGCCCCGAUGUAGAUAUCGCGUGUUUAUUGUGUUGGUAACUUACGAGAGAUUUUCGUUUUUUUUAAAAUUUAUUUUAGUGUUUUAUUAUUAUUAUUAUUCAUAAAAGGAGACAUCCAAGUCGUUUUUACUCUUCGUGGUGUUGUGCGGUAAUCAUAGUAUUUAUUUUGUUGGUUGACAAAUAAAACAAUUUUCCGGAAAAUUGUAUAACGAUCGUAACCGAGCACAUUAUCCCGUCAACCACGUUCGGACGACCGUUGUGCGUGCGCGCCCACGACCUUUAUUCAACUGUACGACAUUUACCAAGCAAAACUAAUUUAUCGUCCUCGAUCCUCGAACCCUUUUUACUGUGUCUAACAAUUACCACACAGUUCAAAACGCGCCUUAGAGUCGGCGCCGAAGACUGAAUAUCCUGAUAUUUGAAAAUCAAAAGCAAAGUGAAUUUCUGAUUGCAGACCGAUUAAGAAAUGCGUUUAUGAUAUUUGAAUAACAAAAUAUGUUUAUUCGAACACUGAAUUAUAUUGAUGGACAAAAAUUAGAUCAAUCGUCAUUUCAUAAUAUUUGAAUCCAUGAGAUGUUCGGUCAACGUCGCCGGUCCGACAUCGUCGUCGACAGAGCCUCCACCUACGCCCACAUCGCCCAUCGCCGCCAUCGUUACUGACGCCGUUACAUCGGGUCGCGGCGAGUGACGGCCGAAUCGGGUAAGGCGGCGGCGGUGGCGGCAGCGGCGACUGCUGCUGCUGCAUCGCCAUGGACCGGACGCCGUCGUGCUGUUCGCAACCGGUGGCCGCGGCGGCGGCCGUGUACAACUACGGCGUGGCCGGGGCGACGAUCGGCGGUUACGGUUCGUCGUACGACGGCCACCCGCUGUCCACGUCGUCGUCGUCGGCGGUCGGCGUGACGACGGUGGUGGACGACGGCCAAGGAUGUUUCUGUUGCGACAGCGACGACGACAGCGUGGAACGGGCGCGCGUGGCCCACGCCAAGCGUAAGUGCUACAAGAGCUGUCUGCGGAACGCGUUCGUGUGCGCUCUGCUCGUGUCGUACACGUUCGCGGGCGCGCUGAUAUUCCUCAGCAUCGAGGGCGACGUGGACGCCGCGGACGCCGUGGACGCGGACGACGGCGGCGGCGGUGGCGGCAGUGGCAGCCCCGUCCGGGAAGCCGGCCUGAUGCCCGCACAACCGCAGAACCUGACGGCCGCCUGGCUGGCCGCGGCGGCUGCGGGCGAAGAGAGCCGCGCCCGGACCGUGGAGACCAUAUGGGAGAUCACCGUCAACUUGAACAUACUGUACCGGGAGAACUGGACCAGGCUGGCCGCGCAGGAGCUGAACCGGUUCCAAGAGGACCUGAUACGCCGCCUCACGCAGCAGAUGGAAAUCGAAUCGGCCGCGGUCAGCUAUCACACCGGCGUCGGCGGCGGCUUCAUCGUCGACAACGGCGGUGACACCGGAGACAGCACUUUCGAAUGGAAUAUGGCCACAUCGUUCCUGUACUGCCUGUCCAUACUCACCACGAUCGGAUACGGAAACAUCACACCGAAGACCGCUAUAGGUAAAAUGGUUACAAUGGUGUACGCGUUGAUUGGCAUCCCAUUGAUGUUAGUGUACUUAUCAAGCAUUGGCGGUCUGUUGGCGUGGUGUGCCCGAGGAAUAUUUACCAGGUCGUUGUGCUGUUGUCUGUGCUCUAAAUGCGGUUACUGCUGUUACGACGAGAAGCUGAUGGAAGAAAAAGAGCGGCGGAUGAAACUGAAACGCGAGCGGAAGGAGUACGACAUGCAAAUGAAAACGUUCUCCGGCCACGCGCUCGAACCGUACUAUGUGCGGCCGGGCGACGCGGACGACGUGUUCCUGAGGGUGUCUGACCGGGCGGCGGCCGCGGCGUCGGCGGCCACGUCGGUGUCUGAUUCGGCGUCGGCGGCGGCCGCGGAACUGGCCGCGGACAGCGCCAGUUUCGUGCCACUGCUGUUGGUCGGCUUCGCGUUCAUGUCGGCGUACAUCGGAUGCGGCGCGGCCGUCCUGUACCGGCUAGACGCCGGCGGCAAGUCGUACCUGGACUGCGUGUUCUUCUGCUUCAUGUUGCUCAGCACCAUCGGCUACGGCAACUCGCGGUCAAUGGACGUGACGCUCACCGGUACGGCGACCGUUUGGUUCUGUUCCGUGUACAUACUGUCCGGCAUGGCGCUGACGGCCAUGUGCUUCAACAUCGUUCACCACGGCGUGUCCACUAAACUCAAGACGCUCUACCGGCCGGCGACCGCACAGACGAGUGACGGCGGCAGCGGCAUUAACCCAGUCCAGCAACAGCAACAGAAACGCGAAGACUGUGUCGUCGGCGGUUGCGGGGGCAGUAUAAGCGACCUGACGUUGACGUCGCGCGGCGCCGCCACCAGCACCGCUGCCGCGGCCGCAAAGUCCUGACACGCGAAACGCGGCCGCGGUGGUCGUCGCGAGACGUCCGACGACGAUGGUGACGUCGACGACGACGACGACAACCGCCGCCGUGAUUGCUGUGCCGUGGCGGCCGCGUGUAGCGCACCCGCGACCGUGAUGGCCAAUUAUAUAGGCCAAAACGGGUACCCGCAACCCGAGAUCGUGGCCAUCGCCACCGGAGGAAAACCCGUAGCGGUCACCCCGGUCACGUCAGCCGCUGACUGUUUCGACAUCAAGUUCGGUAGCGUCCUGCACGAGUUGCCGCCACCGUCCAUGUCUGUAGUAGACCUAACCAACUUGGACACGAUCGCAGAGGCUGAUGAUUCCAUCGAGAUGUAAUACCUAACGCGGAUUUCACCGUUUUUUUUUUUUUAAAGAAAAAAUAUAAAACGUUCACCGCUUCAUCGCGGAAUACAAUUACGGAACCUAAUACCUAUUAUUAGUUAGUACUAUUAUUAUUAUUAUCAUUAUAAAUGUUAUUAUUAUUAUUAUUAUUAUCAUUAUUAUCAUUAGUAUCAUUAUUAUUAUUAUUAUUAUUGUAUAAUGUUACGUGUAUAACAAUUUACUAACGAUGUUAUCAAAUUUUUUCUUCGAAUGAUCCAGAAAAAAUAUAGAAUCACCUCCUACUAUAGUCAUAGGCCACUAUGAUGUAGGUAGUGUAUGAAAAAAAAUGGUUUACGUUCAUUAUUGAUUUAUAUGACAAGACGAUAGCAAUAUACUAAUUAUACAUUUGUUUUUUAAUCGACUCAAUCAUUUUUAACCAGACUCGCGAUGGAUUAUAUAUGUUUAUCUAUAAUACUGCAAUCUAAAUGAUACCUAUAACACGUUUAGGGUUAAAUAAUCUUAACAUUUCCUGUUCUUCCAAUAUAAUUUGUUAUAUGAUAUAAUAUGAUUCAUAUUACAUUCGUAGUCAUUUUCAAUGUUCAAUUAUUUUCAUUUAUAACUCUAUCUAAAUAUUUAUAUACAGUCAUCACAAUUAUAUACAUAUAUGGAUAUACAUAAAUAGUUAUUACAUUUUUCUUUACAGUCUAGAACGAAUCAAUUAUUUUUUAUGAUGGUCCUACACAGACAAUUACCUAAUAAACAAUUUUGUUGAAUCAAUAAUAAACACAAUCAGUUCAUCUUAUAUUAUUUUUUUUUAAAACUCUUUUAAUAUUGGUAAUUUUAAUGUACAUUAUUUUUAUUCCUAUUUAAAAUAUAAAUUAAACUAAUUAAAUCUAAAAAGAACCUUGACAACAAUAAAAUUUUAAUUGUAAUAUUUAUUGUUACAUUAAAAAUUUAUUUAUACCUAUAAUAAAUUAGGUAAUCCACUCAGAUUACCGAAAUGUAUGUAUGGUAAAUACUUAAUAUCACAAUAUUAAAUGGUAAUAAAUCCACAAAUUUAUUAAUUUGUUAAGAAAAUAAGGUAUGUGUUAUGUUGAGAUUAAAUACAUAUUUGAAAUUGUAUAAAUGUUUUUAGUUAAUUUUAUUAAUAAUUGUGACACUGCUUUCCCACCUUGAAAAAGAUACCUAACUUAUAUAUUUUUAUAACGCUCAAUAAUUUUAUUUUUAUUUAUUUAAAUAUGUGUUCCUAACAUAUGAUAUUUUUUCAAUUUCGAAAAUAACAUUUGUUUAGACGUACAGGCGUAACUAAAAAAAAUUCCUUAAUAAUUAAACACAACAUUCUAAAAAGUAUUUGUUACAUAUAAUUUUAAUUCAAUCAUGUUAUUAAAUAAUGAAUUCGAAAUAUUUAGUAAUUAUUUCUCCGGGUUUAAUUACAUGCCCAUUAAAUGUUCACAACAAUCCAAAAUGAUUUAAUUUAAAUGUUUUAAAUGUUUUAUUGUUAAAACUAUAUUAUACAUUCUCUUGUUUGUAAAAUACAUUACCUAUAUAAUAUUAUCUACUUAUAUGUAUAAAUGUAUUAAAAUACUAUGUAUAAUUAAUCCAGAACAUAUUAUAAUAUGAAUAAUAACCCCGUCGAAACAUUUUUUUAAAUUUAUUGUUAACGUUACAAUAUAACUUGUAUUUAUACCUUUUAAUUUAAAUUAAUUUUUAUUUCCUUAAAGAAAAAUCGAAUUAUUACCUACAUCAAAUUUUGCUCACGUAUGUAUUUAGUUAUUUCGACCUUUUUAAACUUUUAAUUUUACUAGACAUCUUAAAAUUAUUAAGACAAUUUUAAAGUCAAUUGAUGUUUUUUUAGUCUGCUUCUAAUUACCGUCAAACAGGAUUAUAUGGGGAUUAGAAGGGGAUACUUGAGGCAGUUUUAAAAUUGUAUUAGAAAUUAAGAGAAAAAUAAUUGUUGAUUAACUUUAUUAAGUUACAAAAACCAUGUAUCGUAAUUAAUCCUAUAAGAAUAUUUAAAUGUUUUAAUGUUAUAAAUAAUAUGUAAAAUUAUAUAUAUAUACCAUAAGUCCUUCCCGCCUAUUUUAUUUGUGUGUCUAUCAGCUGCCUCGAGUUUAACAUCACCUAAGGUAACACAAAAUGCAUGAAAUUAUUAUUUAAAAUCUAUUUCUUUACUAUUAGUACUAUAAUUAGUAUAAUUGUAGAAUCGUGGGUCAAAAAUUAAGAUUAUAUAGUAUAAUUAUACUACACAAAUAAAACGUACUUACCGACUCGAAAAGAAUAAACUCAAAAAUUACAAACUAAUUUUAUUUUGUUAAUUGUGCGGAGAAAAUAUUUGAGUGUAAUUGAGUUACAAAUAAGAGUAAUAAAGCACAAAAAAUAAAAUAUGUUUUGAGUGCAAAUUCACCAAUUUGGCGGCAUAUAUACUGUUUUAGUUGUACAAUUAUUUCAUUAAUUUACUUCUUAGUUCUUAAGUAAUUAUGUGCAAUAAUAAUUAUUAUUUAAUCCAUUGAGUACGUUAUCACUAAACGUUUAGUAAUAUUGUCUUAAUGUCGAUUUGUCUCUGUAAAUGUACGUGUAUUUAUUGUAUAUUAUUGUAAUUAGUAUUAGAUAAUAAUGUAUGGUAAAAUAUUAAUUGUAUCUAUUUUAUAAAGUGUGAUCAUUAUUUUCAAGACAGAUAACACUAAAUUUCUAGGCCAUAUUACAUUGCAUCGAAUAGGAUCUUUUUUUUUUUACUACCUAGAAGCUACCUUACUACACAUUUUUAAAUAACCAUAAUCUUAUAUAUAUUUUAGGUAGGCCUAUUUUUAAAAAUAUUAAAUGAAAGGAAUUUAAAAUUAAAUCAUACAUAAUUUUUUUCAAUUUAUUUUAUGUUUAAAUCCAUUCACUGUUCUCACAUUUUUUUAAUAUGUCGUGCUAAAUAGUAUCUCAUUUAAAUAUAGUAUUGAAUAAUUUAUUAAAAUAUUGUAAUUUCAACAAUUAUUAAAUAAUAAGAACAAUAAUAAUUCAAACUACUCAAACUAGAUAUAUCAUGAACUGUACAAUUUUCAACAUUUUUUUAUUACAAAAACAAAAAAGUUAUUAUAUGGUUAAAUUAUAAAUUCCUCUUAUUCGAUGAAUUUUUUAUUUGGAUCAUUUGGAUAAUGUAUAUUUAGGUACCUCUUAGCGACCUACAAUGCAAAAAAGGCCCAAUUUAAUCACACGUAAUUCAACCGAGAAAGUUAAUGUUAUUCGAAAAAUGAUCAUACUAUAUAAUAUAUUGUAAUAAACCAUGUCAUAUCUAACAUACCUAAUAAUAUCAAUCAAUUAUAAUUAUUGUUUUUAACAUGUAAAUAAAGUUGUAUUGUUAAAUUAA